UGGAGUAACACGUCAUUCUAGUGAAGCGCUAGAGCCGGCUCGUAGGGAGAGAUCCUCCUCACCGUCGUGUUUCUGUCCCGUACACCCGUCUGCGUUCAUCUGCAAAUGCUGUAAUUUUUUAUUUUUGAACAAACCUUUACUCUUUCUGCUCGUGUCCGGUGUUGAGGCCAACCUGAUAAACAAGCUCGGUGAUGGCGACCUACCAGGAGUUCAUCCAACAGAACGAGGACAGGGACGGCGUGAGAUUCAGCUGGAACCUCUGGCCCUCCAGCCGGCUGGAAGCCACCAGGCUAGUGGUCCCAGUCUCCUGUCUCUUCACACCACUCAAGGAGAGACCUGACCUUCCACCGGUCCAGUACGAACCAGUACUGUGCAGCCGGGCCAACUGUAAGGCAGUGCUCAACCCACUAUGUCAAGUUGACUUCAGAGCCAAAAUAUGGGCGUGCAACUUCUGCUUUCAGAGGAACCCGUUCCCUCCCUCUUAUGCAGGCAUAUCAGACGUGAACCAGCCGGCUGAACUCAUGCCACAGUUUUCUACCAUUGAGUACAUAGUACAGCGUGGACCCUCAGCCCCUCUGAUCUUCCUCUAUGUGGUGGACACAUGUUUGGAAGAAGAGGACCUCCAGGCCCUCAAGGAGUCCCUUCAGAUGUCACUCAGCCUGCUGCCACCCAACGCCCUGGUGGGCCUCAUCACAUUCGGACGCAUGGUUCAGGUUCACGAGCUCAGCUGUGAGGGGAUCGCCAAGAGCUACGUGUUCAGGGGCACCAAGGACCUCUCCUCCAAGCAAAUCCAGGAGAUGCUGGGUUUAACAAAGCCGGCAGCAUCAGCACAACAAGGUCGCCCUCUGGCACCUCAGGAUGCUGCAGCUACUUGCAGGUUCCUUCAGCCUGUACACAGAGUCGAUAUGAAUCUGACUGACUUGCUCGGUGAGCUUCAGAGAGACCCUUGGCCUGUACCUCAGGGCAAGCGACCACUUCGCUCAACCGGUGUCGCACUGACUGUGGCUGUCGGCCUGCUGGAGGGUACUUUCCCCAACACAGGGGCUCGUGUGAUGCUGUUCAUCGGAGGGCCCCCCACCCAAGGCCCAGGCAUGGUGGUGGGCGACGAGCUGAAAACCCCCAUCCGUUCCUGGCAUGACAUCCAGAAGGACAACGCUCGCCAUUUGAAGAAAGCCACCAAGUACUAUGAAGCCAUGGCCAACCGCUCAGCAGUAAAUGGCCACUGUAUUGAUAUCUACGCCUGCGCCCUGGAUCAGACGGGACUGCUGGAAAUGAAGUGCUUAUCUAAUCUAACCGGGGGGCACAUUGUUAUGGGGGACUCCUUCAACACCUCCCUGUUCAAGCAGACCUUCCAGAGAGUCUUUAGCAAAGACUACAAUGGAGAUUUCCGCAUGGCCUUCGGCGGUGUCCUGGAAGUCAAGACAUCAAGGGAAGUGAAGAUCUGCGGGACCAUUGGACCGUGUGUCUCACUCAACUCCAAGGGCUCUUGUGUCUCAGAGACUGAGAUGGGUAUCGGUGGCACAAGCCAGUGGAAAGUGUGCGGCCUCAACCCCUCCACCACUUUGGGCAUUUAUUUCGAAGUGGUGAAUCAGCACAAUGCACCAGUCCCCCAGGGUGGCAGAGGGGCCGUCCAGUUUGUAACCCAGUACCAGCACUCCAACACCCAGAGGAGGAUACGGGUCACUACCAUCGCCAGGAACUGGGCGGAUGCACAGUCCCAAAUUCAGCACAUCGAGUCGUCGUUCGACCAGGAGGCGGCCGCAGUGCUCAUGGCUCGCCUGGGCGUCUUCAGGGCGGAGUCGGAGGAGGGACCAGAUGUCCUGCGUUGGCUUGACAGGCAGCUGAUCCGCCUGUGUCAGAAGUUCGGCCAGUUCAACAAAGAGGAUCCUACGUCCUUCAAGCUGUCAGAGUCUCUGUCCCUCUACCCACAGUUUAUGUUCCACCUGCGGCGGUCGCCCUUCCUGCAGGUGUUCAACAACAGCCCCGAUGAGUCAUCAUAUUACAGGCACCACUUUGUCAGACAGGACUUGACCCAGUCCCUGAUCAUGGUCCAGCCCAUCCUCUACUCAUACUCCUUCCAUGGACCACCAGAGCCCGUCCUCCUGGACAGCAGCAGUAUCCUACCAGAUCGGAUCCUGCUGAUGGACACUUUCUUCCAGCUGGUUAUCUACCAUGGAGAGACCAUAGCCCAGUGGCGUAAGGCCGGCUACCAGGAAAUGGCAGAGUACGAGAACUUCAAACAGCUGCUGCUGGCUCCUCUGGAUGACGCCCAGGAGAUCCUGCAGGCGCGCUUCCCCAUGCCGCGCUACGUCGACACGGAGCACGGAGGCUCCCAGGCUCGCUUCCUGCUCUCUAAGGUCAACCCAUCUCAGACCCACAACAACCUCUACGCCUGGGGACAGGAGACGGGCGCUCCGAUCCUCACUGAUGACGUCAGCCUGCAGGUCUUCAUGGACCACUUGAAGAAACUGGCAGUUUCCAGCUCUGCGUAGACGUCUCUAUUCCACCACAAAGGGAUCCGACAUUCCUGUGAAGACAUUGGGACCCAUUAACAUUUAAUUCCCCCUGUUUUUUGUAAAGGAGUCAAACCCAGAGAGUCCACUGUAUGUGCUUGUUUGGUUGUGUCCUUUCUGGAGCCAUGUGUGACACAUACCCAUGCUACCAAAUGAACAUAAAAAAGGGCGGAAACAGCACAUUCGUAAUAUGAAAAAACAAGACAUUUCUACUCAUUUUCAUUAACUUGUUAUUUAUGAGAAACCGCUCCAGUACUCAAGACUGUCCUCAUGUAAGCAAUAUCAAAUCCUCUAUUUCUCUUUUAUAUUUGAUAUUACCUCUGACAUGCAGAAUGAUAAGACUAAUAAUACUUUCUUAUGUUUUAUUUUUGUUUGUCUGUCCUAUAAAUAUAUGCCUACUGCAUCAAGAUUGGUUAAAGGUGUUGUUAAAUAAUAUGCUCCUAUGUGCUUGCUUUGUCUAUAGCUAAAGAUGAAAUGCUUAGAAUUUUCUCGUUAAUAAAUCAUGAUGAUACCUUCUAAUGCUGAAGAAAUGCUCAUCGGCCGUCAGUCCGAUGUCUUGCUAAUCACAGUUUAAUUGACGUAUAGAUUAAAAAUCCUACAUGGAUUAUACCUUUUUUAAGUGUUUUCCAAGAAAAUUCCCUUUGAAUAAUGAGGAUUAAUGUUCCGAGGAAUUGAAGUCAAUCACAUCAACUCAACCGUGAUCGACUCUGUUUUCAAUGACGAACAUUGAAAUCUAUUUUUAACUUUAUAAGGCACUCUAUAGUUCAGUCCCCUCAUCCCGUCUCACCACCAUCUGGUAUUUUGCACCCGAUGAUUGCCUAAGUGUCUUUGUAAUCAAACUUCAAUAUACUGUUAAGUCUGUAUAAAAGGGACAGUUUGAUUUAGAGCCUGUCUGGAUUCCUAAUGCUAUCCAUAUAAAGCCCCGUCGGCAGGA